CGAGGACAUAAACAAAGUGUUCGCGGUGCCCACAGAGGCUGUGGUUAUUUAACCAAUGUAUCCUUCGUUUUAUAUAAUCCUUCUGGCUACCUUCGGCGCAGCACUGUCGUACGCCAGACAAGCACCCCCGUGUCGUUACGGUGGUCUGUUCCGGUUUCCGGAAGUGAUAGCAACAGCAGCAGUGACACUUGGUGCAUUUUCCCCACGAAUGGCCAGCUCGGAAGAACGAACCUAUCCAACGACCCUUGAAGGGUUUGGUUAUGGUUUCAACGAUGAAGGACGUCUACGUCAGAUCGACAAGGAAACGGGAAAACUCACCGAUCGUGUCUUCGACUAUCAGGUGUACACGUCGCUGUCGGAGAAUCAAGCGCACUAUGAAGCCCUUGGUGAGGUCAUUACGGAGUACGUUUAUCAGCGAUUAGUGGAGAAGGAGGGCUUGAAGAAACUCUACGUUCCGGCUGAUGUGCCACCCGAGGAGGCCACCUUCGUGUUUAGUACCAAGGAAAAGAUGGACCGUCCGAAAAAGUUGCUGGUGCUGAUACACGGCAGUGGUGUGGUUCGGGCUGGCCAGUGGGCUCGUAGUUUGAUCAUCAACGAUGGUCUCGAUUCGGGCACACAGAUUCCGUACAUAAACAAAGCGCGUGAGCUUGGGUACGAGGUGAUGCUGUUAAACACGAACGACAACUAUCGCACGAUCAAAGGAACCCGCCGGUCGAUUCAGGGAAGCCGCAAUCCGACGGAACACGCCGUCACCGUCCUCAAGAAGCACAUCAUGGCCUGCAACCCCGAAUCGGUUGCGAUCGUAGCGCACAGCUACGGUGGGGUGGUAACGGUGGAGCUGGCGGAAAGAUUCCCGGAGUUUUUCCAGUCGAAAGUAUUCGCCGUUGGGUUCACCGACAGUGUCCAUGCGAGCUCCCUUGUGCCGGACAUGUUGAAAAAGAUCGGUCGGAACUGGGUGACGGCCAAGGACCCUCUUGAUACCCCGCUGACAAUCACGAAGAACGAUAUUCCACGUCAUUCUGCGGGACACAUCAAACACGAAAUGACGUCCUACAGUUGCAUGAGUGCGCUGUUCGAAUUUUUAGAGGAUCGCUACAAGGAGUUUCAAGCACGUGGCACAAGUGAACCUCAGAAUAAAAAGUCAAAGGGAGACGAGCUGUGAGUGUCAUGCGGCGGUGGCCGUGAUUUGAGGGGAACUGUUGCUUUGGAAAUAUACUUUUUAAAUAAAAAA